AAGCAACCUAUUAUCUACAUAAUAUUUCUAUUUUUGGAUGGACUGAAGCUAAGACUAAGGAGAAAGACUCCUGUAUAAGAUGAGUGAGCAGUUUUCAUUAGAAAUAAUCGCUAUAUUUCAUAAAGGGGAUGUGGCUUCACUGUGGGUGGGAUCAAGGGUUUUAAAUCAGUGCUCUGGCUCAGACUCACACUGACUCACAGAAUCAAAGACAAUGAAAAACUCCACAGAGUCGUCUUCAGAGUAUGUGUGGGAUUACGAGUACUACUAUGAUUACAUCGAUCCGGUCUCCGUCAACGCCAGUGCUCUCAAGUACAACAGAUAUUCAGUCGUCAUAAUAUUCUGGAUCAUUCUAGCUGCAUUCAUUGGGUUUUUCUUCUUGAUUUUGUCACUUAUAUCACACUCAAGGCAACUUCCGAGAGGCCCUCGUGUCCAAAAAUCUGGGUUGCCAUUGAUGAAAAGCUACGGGUCUCCUCAGAAACGAAACUAAGAAGAAGCAACUUCAAGAAGAAACUAAACCCAUCAGGAUCUAUUUCAUAUUUCAGUUCAAGUGACAACUGAGCCUCUGCCAUUAAACCACAUCAUGAUGAA